GCGCGGCGAUGCUGCAUGACGAGCUGAGGGAGGAGCCGACCUCGCUGAGCGAGCCGUUCCAGCACGUCGCUCAGUGCGCCUCCGCCGCUUUCGGCGCCGCCCAGGCCACCUUCCGACAGGUGACCGGCGAGCUGGUGACCCGCCUCUACGGCUUCGACUGGUACGGCGAGUCGGGGGUGGUGACGCAGAUGGUGGUGAUCGCAAUCACGGACAUCGUGCUGCUCGUCCUCUUCUCGGAGGUGGUCACGCUGUGCAGGGUCGUCGCUAUGCGGGCCCUCGCCCGCUUCAAGCGCGCGCAGCGGAGCAUCAACGCCCUCUACGAGCCGCCGGUGUGGCGCUUCGCCGACCGGUACGCACACAUGCUCAAGAUGGCGGCGGUGGUGCUUGUCUUUGCGCCCGCGGCCCCGAUCCUCUACUUCAUUGGCGGCACUUCGCUGCUCCUCUCCGCCGCCGUGCAAAAGUUCAUGCUCAUCAAGGUGUACGCGCGGCCGAGUGCCCACGACGACGACCUGGCCAAGCGGUCUCGCGUCUUCCUGCAGGCCCUCCUCUUCCUGCACGUUACGAUGGCACCCAUCUUUUACGCGGAGCGCAGCCACGCCGUCGAACGUGCGAGGGCGUACGCCACGUGCUCUCAGCGGGCUAGCGGCGAGGAGCGAGGCUUCCUCGACGAAGUGUUCGGAGGCGUGGCAGCGCUCUUCUUCUCGCGGGACGAGGAGUCGGAGGACUCUGGCGCGGGGGGGCGCCGCUUCCAAGAGGCGCCUGGCCGGCGGUCGGCGCUCGACCUCAACUCGGUGGACGAGUACGUCUGCCCGGCCGUUGAGCAGCGCAAGGGAGGCGUCGAGACGGGAGCCCUCGCCUCGUGGGUAGGCGGCGCCUGCUGCUCACAGCUACUCAUCGUCCACUAG